UUGUUAGUAUUUUCUCUAAUAUCAUUUGUUAGAGAAGUACUAACAUCACAAACACAACAACAACAAAAACAACAACACCAAUACAGUAAUGGUUAGUAAGAUAUUCGUUCUCGCACUUAUCUAUGUAGCCGUUGUUGGCGUGGCCAUGGCCGCUGAAGCCCCGGCUUUAUCGCCCACCUCAUCACCAGCUCCAUCUUCACCAAAAGAAUCUGCACCCGUAGCAACAACACCAACAGUCUCACCAACUCCUCCCACUGUAUCGGAUUCUCCCGCUUCUUCCCCAGCUGAUGACGAUCAGCCCAUUGACUUUGGCGCUCCUACACCCGGCCUUGACAAUGACAUUUUUGAUGAUGAGCCCGCAGCUCCCGAAGAAGAUGUUGAGCCUUCCGACCACACCAAUGGAGCUUCUUCUCUUAAAAUAUCGGCUGUUGUUGCCGUUGUUGCAGCUGGCUUCUUUUUUUAAGAUUAAGUAAUGAGAUUUUGAGGAAAUAAAUGUGUUGUUGUAAUAUUAAUGCACCUAGUGCUAUGUUGUGUUUGUGAAAUGUGACAUCAUGAAAUCAAGAAAAUUAUAUUAAUAAAUAUGACUUCCAUAGCUAAUGAGGUUGUAAAUAAGUAUGUAAGGGCGUGCCCUACAGGAUUUUUUUGAUAACAAUGGUUUUGAUCUCGUUUGUUUUA